AUGAGAAGGCGGGCCGUCAUCAAUGCCGGGGGCCGAGUGUUCGAGACGCAGUUCUCCACAUUGCUGCGCUACCCAAACACGCCAUUUGCAAAGAUGUUUCCGUUACCAGCAGGUGGGCGUAAGAAGUGCGAGUAUUUUGUGGAUGUCACCCCUGAGGUCUUUGAGAGUGUGCUGAGUUUCCUGAGAACGAGUCAACUGCAUCUUCCAAAGGAGAACGAGCAGCUGCGGGCGGAGAUUGUUCACUGCCUCAACAUUUGGGGACUCCUUGAGCACGUCUUUCCUGCGGCCCCAGACGAUACAUCCGGCUCAGACAUUGUCGAACUUCCGGGCAUAUGUGUGGUGCAGAUUUGCGACCACAUGCAACACGAUCAGGGCGUCAAACGACACGCUCUCACCAUCACAUUUGGUGCAGAUGGCUUUCACCUGCGGCGGCUUACACAGCGCAUCCGCCGCGACUUGGAGGGGCUAAUCUCCUCCACCUACUGGCAGUGCUGCCAGACCAACGAGCGCGCAGUCUUUUUCGUGACGACGAAGGUGGCAAACGGCACGGCAGAUCUUCUGACAACAUCGGUGAAUCAACAGGUGAUUGAACACACGGAGGCCAUGGGGUACUCUUUGGCUUCUUCAUACGUCACCCUCAGCCCCGACGUCGUUCACACGAGUGUGCGCAUGCUCGUUCAUAACUUCACGUUUCGGCGUGUGCGGCGAACAGCGUUAGAGGUGGGCGACGAAUUGGCAUUGUCAGGGGAGGGCGACGAGAAGGAGGGGGAGGUCAUUGAAACCCACGAGAAUAUUCUCUCGAUGCACGUCGGUCCACAGAAAAAAUCGCUCUAUGAGGAGCGUUCCCUGCCACCGAACAGCACUAAGGCAUCCGACAUAUGGAGAGCGCAUUAA